ACGCAUCACGUUAAAGGUAUUGAUUGAGUGGACUUGAGUACGGUAAGAGUUGGGGACUUGAAUUUCGAACGCAGCCUGAAAAGAUGCCUUCGAAUUCAAAGCAAAAGAAGCAAACGAAAGCGCACUCCAUCUCAAGGUUACAACAAUCACCAUCCCAAGCUCAAUUGCCAGAACAACUGACCUCUUUCUCCGAAGAAGCUUCUAGAAAGUUCCCUUCAUUCAUCUCCGAAUCCCCGUUCAUUGGCGAAAUCACCCAAGUCGACCACUCUGCCCCUACUUCUAAGGGUUCUAUAAUUUGGCUUUCCGAACCUUCCAUGCUUUCUUCCUCUCUUUCUCCAGGUUCCAUUGUCUCCCUCUCUAUCCCAUUUUCAGGGAACAACACUACGCAUUUCCCUCUUGCCUCGUUAUCUAAUCAAUCUGUAAAAUGCUACGGAUUGCAAAAUCAAAACACAUCCCAUCAUCAUGCAGGAAACUACUUUGCACUUGCAACAUUGUUCCCUUCUAGUAAGGUUUUAAAGAAUGGAGUGCGCCUGUCUUCAAAUCUUUUUUAUACCAUGGGGUGUCCUUCUUUGGGCACAACUGUGUUUAUUCAUCAGUUACAGAAACAAUACUUCUCUUCUCUUAUAAAUGAGAGCAAUGAAUUGUAUUCUACCGAAAAUAAGUGUUCUACUAUAUAUAAUUGCAAGGAAUUGUAUCUUCAGUUAGUUCCUUCUAAGAAAAUUGAUAAUUUGCCGUCAUUGGACUUGUCCAAGGUGAAACCCCUUGUCCAAUCUGAGAAUGAUGUUAUUGCAUCUCCUACAACACCUUCUUAUGGAUCAAAGUUUUCUAAUGCUACUGGGCUAUCUUCUCCAGUAUUUGAAGAUUCAGUGUUAAGUGUGCCAAAUCAGAAUGUUCAAUCAGUGGCUUCAUUCGAUGUUAGUGUGGCAUUAAGGGAUGAAAGUGCUAAAAAAUUACUGCAGACAUGUGCAACUUCCUGGUUAUUUUCUCGUUCUUUAUUGCUAGGGAAUCUUGUCAUUGUCCCAAUGUUUUCAGAGUUGUGCUUUUUCCAAGUGAUUGGAGCUGAGAAGUUUCCAGUUCCUGGAUCUGAUUAUUAUCCAUCAAAUCGGAGUAGCAAUUUAUGUCCUGAGGAUUCUAAUAUAGCAGAGGAUGUAAAUCAGGCUUUCACAGUCAAUUAUGAAACUAAGGUAUUUUUAUCUCUGCCAUCAGAUGUGGCAUCUGAAGAGCCAAUUCAAAGGGAUUUAUCUUGUGUGAAACUAGAACAUGAAGUUGCUAAUGCCAGCAUUCAUGAUAAUAUGCCUAAAUUGGGUGGUCUGUCCAAAGAAUCUGCUCUUUUAAAGGAUAUAAUUUCUUCAUCAGUGAAAGAUACUUUAUCAAGUUUUGGUUUAAGAACUACAAGAGGAGUCCUUCUUCGUGGUCCGCCUGGUACAGGAAAGACCUCUCUGGCUCAAUUAUGUGCUCGUGAUGUUGGUGUCAAUUUUUUCCCGAUAAAUGGACCUGAAAUUGUUUCCCAAUAUUAUGGGGAAAGUGAGCAAGCAUUGCACAAAGUUUUUGAUUCAGCCAUUCAAGCUGCACCUGCUGUGUUAUUCAUCGAUGAAUUAGAUGCAAUUGCCCCUGUGAGGAAAGAUGGAGGUGAAGAGCUAUCUCAAAGAUUGGUUGCAACCUUAUUGAAUCUGAUGGAUGGAAUUAGUAGAACCAAAGGGUUACUUGUAAUUGCUGCCACUAACAGGCCUGACCAUAUUGAGCCAGCUCUUAGACGGCCAGGAAGGUUUGACAAGGAAAUUGAAAUUGGUGUGCCAUCUCCUAAACAACGUUCAGAUAUUUUGCUCACUCUUCUCAGUGAAAUGGAUCACUGUCUCCCUGAGUUACAAAUUGAACACCUUGCCACAGUCACUCAUGGUUUUGUGGGUGCUGAUCUUGCUGCUCUUUGCAAUGAGGCAGCCUUUAUUUGUAUGCAACGUUAUGUUGAUUUUAAGAAGACUUACAAUUCUUUUUCUGAUAACAUAAAAGAGCAAGGGCCUCUGGUGAAUGGUGCAACAAGUAUAGGUGUUGAAACAUCAUCUGUUUCAGAUAUGUCAGUGGCCUCCAAUCCUGUAUUACCUUCAUGCAUGAUGGGACCAACUUCUGAAUCUAUGGUAAUUCCUGAUAGUGGCGAAGAAGAACAGAUUUUGAAAAUAAGAUUUGAGGAUUUUCAGAAUGCUAGGAUGAAAAUAAGACCCAGUGCCAUGAGAGAGGUAAUCCUUGAGGUUCCAAAGGUUAAUUGGGAAGAUGUGGGUGGCCAAAAGGAGGUCAAAGCUCAAUUGAUGGAAGCAGUAGAAUGGCCACAGAAGCACCAUGAUGCAUUCAGCCGUAUUGGGACUCGCCCUCCAAUGGGUGUAUUGAUGUUUGGGCCUCCAGGAUGUAGUAAAACUCUAAUGGCACGAGCAGUUGCUUCUAAAGCAGGGCUGAAUUUUCUUGCAGUUAAGGGUCCUGAACUCUUCAGCAAAUGGGUUGGUGAAUCUGAGAAGGCUGUCAGAUCAUUAUUUGCAAAAGCAAGGGCCAAUGCCCCAUCAAUCAUAUUUUUUGAUGAAAUUGAUGGUCUUGCUGUAACUCGUGGAAAGGAAAGUGAUGGUGUUUCAGUGUCGGAUAGGGUCAUGAGUCAACUUCUUGUUGAGUUGGAUGGACUACAUCAAAGGGUUAAUGUCACCGUCAUAGCUGCUACAAAUAGGCCAGACAAGAUUGACCCUGCCCUUUUGAGGCCAGGACGCUUUGACCGUCUGCUAUAUGUUGGACCUCCAAAUGAGGUGGACAGGGAAGAGAUAUUUCGCAUUCAUUUGCGUAAAAUCCCAUAUGAUUCUGAUGUUAGCAUUAAAGAACUAGCUCAACUGACAGAUGGUUGUACUGGGGCUGACAUAUCAUUGAUAUGUCGGGAGGCAGCUGUUGCAGCAAUUGAGGAGAGCCUUGAUGCUUCUGUAAUAACGAUGAUGCAUUUAAAGAUGGCAAUCAAGCAGAUCCAGCCAUCAGAAGUUCAGACCUACCAAAAGCUGUUGGCAAAAUUUCAAAGGGCUGUUCACUGCUGUGAUAUAGAGGAUGAAUUCAAUCAUAUGUAAUGCAACAGUAGAUCUUCUUGGUUCAACAUUUGUGACUGGGUUUAUGUGUAUUACAUGGGGAUCAUCUACACUGCAAAUGACUAGUAUGAAUGUGGUAUAUGUUUGUCACAUUACUGAGACUGGGUUUAUGCAUAGCAUGGUCCUGGGGAAGAGUGUCUGCAUCAACAGAGGAGUCAGCUGAAAGGAAAAGUGUAAAUGCCCAAAUUUGUGCUGAAAGCCCUGAAUCCUGAUUUGAUUGGCCUUUCCGUUGAAGGCUGAACAUAUUGAGAAUGAUUGCAAACUUUGGUCUCACUUGGAAGUUCUGUUGCUUCAAUAUUUGUUACUCUUGAAGAUGAGAGGUAGCACUGUUGGCUGAGGAACUAUGCCAUAAAUUCCUGUGCGUCAUUUUCAAAACAAGUUUGCUUUCGAUCAUAAACUAUCGAAAUUGUUGAUAAACUUGCAUCAUUUGAGGAAUUACAGUGGAAUGCUUACACAAAUUACUCUUGUUUUGGCUAUUUCAGUGCGUAUGUUGUUGUCCUAGAGUAUUUUGAACGCACCCAACUUGUACUGUCACAGUAGUUGUAGAUCAAUAUUGAUCUGAAAGAUGAUAACACGAUUUUAGUUUGAAUAUUUUUUUAGCAAAAUGUUCAAAAGCCUCUUCUCUAAAGUUGAAUGUGUUAACUUUUGUUGUUACUGCAUAAUUGACAUGUCAUUAUAUUAUUAUUAUUAUUAGGCUACCUUUUGUUAGAUGGUUGCAUUGCGCUGGGCUUCCUUAAAUGAGCUCAAACAUCAAAAUUGCAAGCAAUUUUAUCUUCAUUUUU